AUGUCCAAGUCUUCAACAGCAUCAAAAAUGUCAUCCCAGGAGGAAAUACUGAGGGAUGGGCGGUUUAGCUGCAUUACGAGGGAUCCCAGAUUUUGGGAGAUGCCCGAAAAAGAACGUAAAAUCAAGAUUGACAAACGAUUCCGAGCUAUGUUUCAUGACAAGAAGUUUAAGCUGAAAUAUACAGUAGAUAAAAGAGGUCGCCCUGUUAACUAUACUUCUACAGAGGACCUCAGGAAGUUUUAUGCCCUGUCAGAAUCUGACUCUGAUCUUUCAGAAAAUGACAGUAAAGAACAUAAGGAACAGAAAAUAAAGAAAAAAAAAGUUAAAUCUAAAAGAGAAGCAGAUUCUCCAAAACUACUUGCCGAUGGUCUCCCUAGGGAGGAGAGCAAAAUAAACAAACAAGGGGUGGACCAAACAUGUGAAGCGGUGACAAAACGAGAUGACCUUAAAAAUGAAGGACAAAAAAUUUCAUCUAAAUUCAACUUGAAAGAGGACUGUAAGAAAACUGCAACAGAAAUUGAUUGCUCUCAGGGAAACAAGGGCCUUUUACACAAAGGGGAAAACAAGCAAGGAGAUGCAUCAGGAGGAAGAUCAGCUUCAAUUGAAAACAAGCAAAAGUCUUCACAACAAAGUGGUACUAAAUCGGUUAAAACUCCUGGGAGGGACCAUACCCUAGCAGGAAAAAUAAAAGAAUCAGUGACUGUAUGCACAGACACCUGUGAUCAAAGUGACAUUAGUAAAAGCCAAUUAGAGGAAGAAAUUUCUGCAAGUGAUGGUUUUGAGUAUGCAGAAUCGGAAGAAGAGGAGCCAGAAGAUGAUGGGGAAACAGGCGAGGAAGAGGAGCCGGGAGAUGACGGGGAAACGGGCGAAGAAGAUAGCGAUUCAGAAGAUGAUGAAGAAAGCGAUAGUGGGCCUGAUCUAGCUAGAGGCAUAGGGAACAUUGAAACGAGCUCAGAGGAUGAGGAUUUCAAUGAACUAUUUCCAAAGGAGCCAGAGAUAGAGCAUUCGUGGCGUGAGCUGGAUAAAGAUGCCCCUCGUGGAGAUGAGAUUACAAGUAGAUUGGCAGUUUGUAAUAUGGAUUGGGAUAGGUUGAAGGCUAAGGAUUUGCUGGCUCUGUUUAAUUCUUUCACGCCCAAAGGAGGAACAGUAUUUUCUGUUAAGAUUUAUCCUUCGGAGUUUGGAAAAGAGAGAUUGAAAGAGGAAGAACAAAAAGGACCUGUGGAACUAUUCGAUCUUCCAGAGAAUACCACAGAGAAUGACGGACUUUAUAGGGAAAAACUGCGGGAGUAUCAAUUUAAGCGACUGAAAUACUUCUAUGCAGUUGUAGAAUGUGAUUCUCCUGAAACAGCCAAUAAAAUUUAUGAGGAAUGCGAUGGACUGGAAUUUGAAAGUAGCUGUUCUUUUAUAGACCUGAGAUUUAUUCCAGAUAACGUUACAUUUGAUGAUAAGCCAAAAGAUGUAGCCUCAGAAGUGAACGUAGCUGUAUAUAAGCCAAAGUACUUCACAUCUGCUGCUAUGGGAACAUCAAAGGUAGAUAUCACAUGGGAUGAGACAGAUCAUGAACGAGUAAUGUCACUUAGCAGAACUUUUAAAAAAGAGGAACUUCUUGACAUGGAUUUUCAAGCUUAUUUGGCUUCGUCUAGUGAAGAAGAGGAAGAACAGCAGCAAGGUGGUGAUGUAGCUCAUGAAAUGGAAGAUGACAAAUGCAGGAAAAGCCAAAAAGAUGAUGAAGAACAAAUUGCCAAGUACAGAGAACUUUUGCAAAGUAUCCAAGAAAAAGAGAAAAAACAGGAAGAAAAGGAUAUAGGAAUGGAGAUUAAAUGGGUUCCAGGCCUCAAAGAAACUGCUGAAGAAAUGGUCAAAAACAGGUUGGAAGGAAAGGAUAACCUAACUCCAUGGCAAAAAUAUCUAGAGAAGAAGAAAGAAAAAAGAAUUCUUAAAAAAAAGAGAAAGGCUACUGCUGAGAGAGAACUGAGUGAAGAUGAACUUCCAUCUGAUGUUGAUCUCAACGACCCAUAUUUUGCCGAAGAAUUUGAGAAAACAGGUUUAAAGAAGAAGCCAGAAUCGGUUGAAAGUGCCUCCGAAGAUGAAGAUGAAGUUGAAGUUGAGAAACAGAAGGCUGAAAUGGCCCUACUUAUGAUGGAUGAUGAGGAUGAUGCCAGAAAACAUUUUAAUUAUAAAAAGAUUGUAGAACAACAGAAUUUGAGCAAGAAGAAAAAGAAACUCUUAAUGAAAAAGAAAGAAUUACUAGAAGAUGACUUCCAGGUAAAUGUUGCCGAUACAAGAUUCCAAGCCAUGUUUACUUCUCCCCUGUUUAAUUUGGAUCCUUCAGAUCCAAAUUUCAAGAAGACAAAAGCAGUAGAAAAGAUCUUGGAAGAGAAAGCUCGCCGAAGAGAGGAAAAGGAGCAAGAUCUUAAGGAGGCAAGCAAGGGGCAGGAGAACAAGAUGGCAAAGAAGGGAGAGGUUGCUAAGAAAGCCAUAGAUCCUGCCUUAUCAAUGCUAAUAAAAUCUGUCAAAAAUAAAACCGAAGAGUUUCAGGCAAGGAAAAAGCAGAAAUUCAAAUAACUGAACUUUGUUUUUACUCAGACUUUACUUCAGUCUCACUUCUUCUAACUGGUGUCAUCUAUUAAAGUUACUACAGCCUGCUCUGAUUCCUAUCCAUCUAAAAUUUCCCAAAAAGUCACUUAAUUAUGGUGGUGAGUUUUGAAGUAACUAGAGUGAUAAUCACUCUUUUCUUCUGCCACAAGAAAUACUGUUUUGUACUAUUAUUGAAAAAAUUACACCUUGAAAACACUUAAGUAAGGAAUUGAUGGUUUUGGGGCAGUUUGUUUUGUAUCACGCCGUCUCUUAAAGAUAACAGAAGUGCUGAAGAUGGCUACAAAAAGUAGUCAUAAUUAUGUUUGCAUUUAUAAAUAAGAAAAACACUGCUGCAGAGCUUUAUUGCGGAGACUAAGUGGUCUUAAUGUUUUUAAUUCCACAGAAGUCUGUAAAACUUAUCUCUGUUGAUAAAGAAGGGAUUAAUAUAACUAAAAAUUGAAAAAAUUUUGUAAACAGGUUUUUUGUAUAUCUUAAAAAGAUUACAUAUAUGCUUCAUUAAUUUCUCCUUUAAAUACUUGAAGGCUUCAUGGAUCAUAGAACUAAUUAAUGGAAAUAUUGCCAUUUAGAAGUGUUUCAUUAAUAUAUAUUGGAAAUAAAUGGUUUAAAUUGGCCCAGAGGAAUUUUGG